AUGAUCUUCGACUUUGCUGAGCAUCACAAAAAUUUAAAACAGAACCCUAACUACUCCAUUUCUUCUCAGAUAUUGCAGAAAUGUGAAUGGACCAUCGGAGGAACUGGCCACGUCUUCACGGAUAAAAACACAGACCAGCCCUUUAUUGGAAUUGCUGUUGUACAAAUCCUUGACUUCAGGCUGCAAUGCAGUCCGACAGGCAGCUUUGUAAAGCCGGAAUAUGGUACCUUGGAUAAAGCAAAGUACCAGUUCAUGGGCGGAAGACCCCACAAUGCCAAUGGGUUUAAUGAGGACUUUGCGCGACUUCAUACACUUCUCAACAAUAUCGAGAACCUCAUAGCCCAGACUCAGCGCAAAAAGGAUAUGCUACCAGACAAACAAAGUAUCAGAUUUGCUCGAAACAUAUUUGAAAAAAGGGACAUUCCUGUUCCUGAUUCACCUACUGCGAGCAGAAAAACUGUUUAUCUUGAGGAUAUCGAGAAUGAUACUGGUCCAUUGCAAUCUACUGGUAGCAAGUCGAAGGAGAAGUUAGAAAUGGACAAGGAAACCGCCAAUUGGCCAGUAGACGAUGAAUAUUGUCAAUAUCUUGACCCUAUCAAAGCCCACUUCAAAGCAGUGCCUCUCCGGGUCUAUGACGAAGAAAACCAUUUCGUGGAGCCUGAAAACGUUAAUAACGUGCUGCGAAACGCAGUUGUGGAGGUCCACUUCACUCUCCAUCAUACAUAUCUUGCUAAAUCAUCGCCUCCACAAGAUUCUUUCCGUGCCAACAUCGAGCAAAUGAUGAUAUUAAAAAGAGGUAAACCUAUAGCAGCCAUAUACACAUCAGAUCCUAGGUCAGGUCCUGUUAGGACCGCGAUUCAUCAUACUCCUCCUCCCGCCGAAGAACCGACUGCCAAGAAACUGCAUGUCGACGAAGCUGCCGAAAAAAAAGGGAAGGAGAAAGCAACAGAUAUCUAA